AUGCCCCCCAGACUGCGUAGCGCAUUUCCACGGAGCCUGUCGCGCCCGUUGGAUAGCGCGGGUGUCUUCUACUGUCCCUCCUGCUCAACCUGGAGACGAGAGCUCACGUCGCGUGCUGGCGCCAGCACCGGCAUUGGUAAAAUCGGCUCGGCGCGUCGAUCGGAUCGCCUUCUGGAGCCGCCUACGACUAUCACGACUCGCCAUUUCACUACAUCAUCGGUUAUCACGGCCGGCAAGGCAAUCCCGCCGCGAUUCAAGGAGCUGCACGAUGCUUUGAGUAGAGUGCAGGAUGCAGCGAUACAGGAAGUCAGUAUCAGUCGGUUACAACUGGCUUUGAGAGGAUUGGAGUCGGAAGCGCCUCUUAUCCGAGUUGCUGUUCUCGGACUGGACAAUGCCGACUCUGCGCGCAAAUUAGUUCGAUUGCUUCUUGCCGAUCCUUUGAGCCAACGCGAGAGCUGGGAGGAUGUUCUGGACGGCUAUGAUGCGGACCCCUCGCGGGGUCUACUAAUUCGAUACGGCGAUGUCUCAGAAUCUAUACCCAAUGACCUUCUCCCGACACUCGCAGUCCGCUCACCAGUCCUGAAAAAGGGCAACAUCGAACUUCUCAUCGGUAAUAUCGGCUCUGAAGCGGCCUCGACUGGCACCCCCUCUCCGCCGAUACCUUCCUCGUACCCAAUGUCACUAUCACAACAUCACACUCUGGUCGGCAAAAUAUGCUUGGUGGGCCGUUCAAAUUUGAAAAACGAAAUUGCUUCAGUGCGCGGUGCAAUCGAGCUUUCCGUGGCGAACGAGACACGCGAUAGCGAUCGUCUUUCCUUUGUGGAUAUCGACCGUGCGAGCAUUGCCCUAGAUAAGAUCCGCGAGUCUGUACAAAACGCCACCGAAUAUGAACGUGGGUGGAAUGCGAGUGGUGUGCAGCCUGUGAUCGACUGGCUCGCAACUUUCUCCCAAGCGGCCAGUGGAGAAGAUUUGAACCCUGCUCUGGUCCCGUUGAUUGAAUCGCUGCUCAACGCGGCCGACGAAGGUGUCUCUGCUCGGGACGCCCAAGCUCUUCAGGAACAGACUGUCGGGGCUGUCCCUGAGAAAGUACAGUCCGAGCUUGAGCGUGGGGUUGUCUCUUGGGCAGAGCAGGGGCACUCAGAGCUCCGCAGCGCUCUCGAGGCAGGCUUCGCUAGUCCGCGCUGGCGAGGUCUUGCAUGGUGGAAGCUUUUCUGGCGGGUUGAUGAUGUCGGUAUGAUCACAUCUGAUAUCUUGGAGAAGCAGUUUCUUCGCCGCGCCGAGCGCGAGGUUAUCUACAAUUCGGGCAAGUAUCAGCAGGCGGGCCUGCUGGAGGAGCCCACUACUUCUCCUGAAACCACCACCGACUCAACUCUCACCAAGACUACACCUCCUCCCUGGCCAACCCUGAUCCCCGAUAUCAGGGCCAAGCUACUCCACACGACAGUUCCCUCGCUGCAGGCACUCGCCCAGAGCCUAGUGUUCUUCAGCGUCUCUACAACUACCUUGACUUCAGCACUCUCUGUCCUUACAUACCUCUCCGUUCCCUCGGCAUCAGCCUAUGAAUCGGCUACCCUUGGUGCACUCGGUCUAAUCUACUCCCUGCGUCGGCAGCAGAAGAAGUGGGAUAGUGCCCGUGAAUUCUGGGAGGACGAGGUCCGGGAAGAAGGCCGCACAUCCCUGCUCGAGACGGAAGCACUGCUGCGUCAGAUUGUCCGCGAGGGUGGUAAGAGCAUUAGUGACGUGUCCGACCACCGCGCACGAGAAGCAGUUGUCCGCGCACGCAAGGCGUUGGAAGCCGUACGCUCGUGA